AAUUUCACCCAAAUCAGAGGCGGGAGCGAAAGAGAGAAACACAGAGAGAGAGAGAUGCAGAAAAGGGAGCAGGCAAAAUCCGGCGGUCAGUCCGGCGGAGGUUCAGCGCCACCGCCGAAGAGAGGCCGUCCUUUUGGAAGCACCGCCGCAAAUUCAGCCGCAGCAGCAGCGGCGAUGGUUCCCUCGGCGUUCCUCGGGCCUUCGCUUCUAGUUCACAAUUCUUUUGUCGACCAGAACAACAAAAGAAUAGUCCUUGCGCUUCAGAGUGGGUUAAAGAGCGAGGUUACAUGGGCGCUGAAUACUCUCAACUUGCUGUCCUUCAAGGAGAAGGAAGAUUUCCGAAAAGAUUCCACGCCUCUUGCGAAAAUACCAGGCUUGCUCGAUGCGCUUCUGCAAAUCAUUGAUGAUUGGCGUGACAUAGCACUCCCAAAGGAGCUGACCAGAGGACCGAGAAUGAGGUCAUUAGGUGUGAAUUCUUCUGUUACCGGAUUCGGCAGCGAGUAUGAUGCUCUUGCCGUUAAUCAAUCUCCCCAACCUCCAGGGUCAGGCACGGUUUCAGAGACGUCGAGGAAAAAGAACUCAACAACAGAUCAAUCUUCUCAGUGGUGGUUGGAGGAGGAUGGUUUAUUCAAUCUAGAUGACGAGGGGAGAGCCGAGAGACAGAUGUGCGCUGUUGCUGUGUCAAAUGUUAUACGUAACUUCUCCUUCAUGCCAGAUAACGAGGUUUUAAUGGCGCAGCAUCGCCAUUGCUUGGAAACCGUUUUCCAGUGCAUACAAGAUCAUGCAACUGAGGAUGAGGAACUGGUCACAAAUGCGCUCGAGACGAUCGUGAACCUUGCCCAUUUGAUGGAUCUUCGAAUCUUCAGCUCGCAUAAGCAAUCUUACAUCAAAAUAUCCGAAAUGCAAGCGGUUCAAGCCGUGGUGGGAAUAUUAGAUUCUCCCGUCAAGGCCUGGCACUGCGCAGCAGCUGAAAUGCUGGGCCGCCUGAUCAUAAACCCGGACAAUGAACCUUUCCUUCUCCCCCUUAUCCCGCAGAUACACAAGCGAUUAGUCGAUCUCUUGAGCAUACCAGCCAUUGAUGCGCAAGCCGUAGCUGUUGGUGCUCUCUACAACCUUGUAGAGGUCAACAUGGAUUCCAGACUAAAGCUUGCUAGUGAGAGAUGGGCGAUUGAUCGAUUACUGAAGGUGAUAAAGACUCCUCAUCCGGUUCCAGAAGUCUGCAGGAAAGCUGCUAUGAUACUGGAGAAUCUUGCCUCGGAGCCGCAGAACAGAGCAUCAUUACUUGCAUAUGAAAAUGCUUUUGCAGAACUUCUCUUCCAAGAUGGAAGAUACUCUGAUUCAUUUGCCAGGAUUUUGUGUGAGCUGACCGCUAGAUCGAACAACAGAGUGGCUUCGGCCCGUGGAAUCUGGGGCAUGUAGUGUCCGAAUUAGGGUUCUUGAGGUUGUAAUGGAUCUGAAACAGUGUUGCAACUCAUCUCUUUAUAUGUAAAAGCACAAUCUGUGUCCAGGGUUUGGACAAGGCUGACAGCCUUUUUUUCUU